GGGAGAAAUACACAGUCGUGUAGCUACCGAUGGCAGACGCUGCCGUUGAUUUGACAGGGGACGGCAUCGACUAUGACGAGGAGUUGGCAUUAGCUCUUGCCUUGGCCGAGCAGGAUGAGCUCGAGAGGGAGGCCAAGGAGCAGCCGGAGGCCGAGCCGCCCUCUUCUGCGGCGCUGCUGCCUUUGGGGACAGAUGAGGUGUUCCCUGACCUCCAUGGUCUGUUCCUCCGAUACAACCAGGAGUUCUUCUCGGGCCUGCUGCUGGCGUGUGAGGUGCGCUGGUCAACCAAGAUGACUCUUUGCGCUGGGCUGUGCGUGUACCAGGUCAGUCAGCAACGGACGAGGGAUGGAUGAGAAGCAACACAACUGGUGGUGCACGUCGGCCCCGUGGUGUGCUGUGCCGUGGUGUGGUGUGCUGUGCUGUGUGUCAGAAUGCGUCAGGGUAUUGCUCGAUUCGUCUGUCAGAGCCUCUGCUCAAGUAUCGCUCCGUCAAGGAAUACAAGGUAGGUGACCACCCCGCCGCAGCACCGUGGCGGCACUCUCUUGUGACAAACCGAUUCUGUCUGUCUGUCUGUCUGGGUGCAGGAGACUCUACUUCAUGAGAUGAUCCACGCGUAUCUCUUCGUCACGGCAAACAACAGAGACCACAACGCACACGGACCGGUCGGUACGGUUUGCUCGUGAUCAGACAGACCAGGCUGACGACUGCAUUGCAUGGUGGGUCUGUUCUGUCCUUGGUCGUGUGUGUGUGUGUGUGUGUAUGGGGGCAGAGUUUCCACGAGCAUAUGUACCGCAUCAAUGCACUCACUGGUCGGCCGGUGGUUGCGGCUGGAAGGAUGGGGGAAGAAAGAGCGAUGGAUGCGAUGCCGCCACAGUGCAUCACUGAGUGAUGUGACUGUGUGUGUUGUGUGAUGUCUGCCUUAUCUCACUUGCACACAGGGUUCAACAUAUCGGUGUACCACAACUUCAGGGACGAGGUCAAUCACUACCGCAAACACGUGUGGCGCUGCAACGGGCCCUGCAGACACAAGCCGCCAUUCUACGGAUGGGUCAAACGCGCCAUGAACAGGUAGGUAGGCGGGCGGGUGGGGGCGGUACUCAGUCAGUCACACCGAGUGUGGUGUUGCCAUGCCAUAUGUGCGUGUGUGUGUGCGUGCCAUGCAGGCCGCCUCAGAAGGCGGACCGGUGGUGGGCGCAGCACCAGGCCACGUGUGGCGGGACCUUCGAGAAGGUCAGCGAGCCGGAGAAGCCGCCAAAAAAGGCAACUGCCGGUGGCAACGGUGAGUGAGGGAGGGAGGGAGUCAGGGAGUGAGCAACUGAGACAGCGGCGGGGAACCAACCAACCACAAGACACCACACCCACUGAUCCAUCCUAUUUCUGACCAACCGACCGGUGUUGUGCCUACACUGCACUCUCCUGACUGUUGUGCAGGCAAGAAGAAGCCGAUAGCGGGGCUGCAGGAGAUCGACAAGUAUCUCAAGAAGGUGCAGGAGCGGAAGAGCCAGGGCCAAGACCAGGGCCAGCCCCCUUCCUCACCCUCCCCCGACCAGCCCCCUCCCGACGCACCCAAGAAGCGCAAGGCGCCACCCCCUGCCGCCCCCAAACCCGCUGACGUCGACAGCGAUGACAUCCAGAUCGUCCUGCCCUCGCCAUCGAAGAAGGGCGGCCCCAAUGCAGUCGGCAACAAGGACCGUGGUGGGCGGCAGGGCACCCUCGACGCUUUCGUGAAGCGCAGCAAGAGGGAGGAGGACAAACCGCCACCGGCAGCAGCAGCACCUGCUGGUGCUGCUGCAGUGGUGGACCUGACGGACGACUCGGAGUCGCCUGCGCGUGGGGGUGAAGGUGGGAGUGGGGUUGGGUGGAAGGAUGAGAGUGGGGCUGGCGAGGGUGGCGGAGGGGAGGAGGGGUGCUGCCCGGUCUGUGGGGAGAAGGUGCCUAGCGACCAGCUGAAGCCGCACAUCCAGUGGUAAUCGGAGAGCACCCGUUUCAGGUCGCACGGAGAUGAGUUGGUUGUGUGUUGUGUGUGAGUUUUAUGUUCAGUUGUAUCAGGGACCCUGCCCGGCGCAAGCGAGAGGACCUGGCGCCCGCAGAGUGACCUGACUGACCACGGACGGCUGCAAUCAAUGCGUCCAGUAGUGAGUGCCGUCUGAGUGUGCGUGGCUGUGCCUGCCGUGUUUUCGCGCGUGACUGACUGACUGAGUGAGCGGACUUUGCCUGUGUUUGUAGCAUAGCAGACAGACAGACGCUAUACAUAUCUGUGUGUACAUAAAGCAGUUUUGCGUCGCC